CGGGGUCGGGGUGUUAGGAGGGAAUCCUGUGAGAAGUGGGAUAAAGGCUGAAAGCAGAAAAAUAAAAUGGAGUCUGAGUUAGUUUUGAAUCUUCGUUGUCAGCUUAAAGAGGCUGAAGAAGAGCGAAUGAAAGCAGCACAAUAUGGUUUACUGCUACUGGAGAGCCAAAGCGAGUUGCAGAAUCAAUUGGAUAAAAUGAGAAGUGAAAUAAUGACCACAACAGAGAAUUAUGAACAAGAAAAAUUUACUCUUCAGAGAGAGGUUGAACUUAAAAAUCGAAUGUUGGAAAGUUUGAACUCUGAAUGUGAUGCUAUUAGACAGCAACAAAAAUUGCAACUGGAUAAUUUGGAAGAACAGCUAUCAAGGAGCCAUGGGCAGGAAAUUAAUGAACUUAAAAACAAGCUGGAAAAACUGAAAGCUGAGUUGGAUGAAGCUCGAUUAAGUGAAAAACAAUUGAAACACAAAGUAGAACAUCAGAAGGAAAUCUUGUCAGCUAAAUCAGAGGAAUUGAGGAUGAUGUCUGAGCGUGUACAUGAAACCAUGUCUUCAGAAAUGCUGAAUCUUCAAAUUGAGAUAACUGAGUUGGAAAGUGCAAAGGCCAAUCUUGAAGAAAAAGUAAAUGAGCUUCAGGACAGACAAGAACAACUAGAACUUUUUAAUAAUAAUUUACAACACCAACUAGAAUGCCUUCAAGGAGAAAAAGAAGACAGAGAGAAAGAAGUUGUUUCAUACUAUAAUGCAUUAGAGAAAGCUCGUGUAACUAAUCAGGACUUACAAACACAGUUGGACCAUGCAUUGCAGCAGGCCUUGGACCCCAACAGUAAAGGCAACUCUUUGUUUGCAGAGGUGGAAGAUCGAAGGGCAGAAAUGGAACGGCAGUUGAUCAGUGUGAAAGUCAAGUAUCAAUCUCUUCAAAAACAACACUUAUUUAAUAGAGAACAGAUGCAAAGAAUGAAGUUACAAAUUGCUACACUGCUACAGAUGAAAGGGUCACAAACAGAAUUUGAGCAGCUGGAACGCUUGCAGGCUAUGUUAGAGCAGAAGAAUGGUGAAAUAGAAAAUCUUUUAGUAAAAGUAAAGCAGCUAGAGAAAUUUAAGAAUUUAUAUGAAAAUAUGGAAUCUAAACCCUCUACUAGCUCUUGUACUCCAGCGGAUAACACAUACUAUAUUGAUCUACUUCAAAUGAAACUUGAAAACUCAAACAAAGAAAUUGAAAAGGUUAGAGAUGAGCUAUCCUUACAGCGGAUGAAGGCAUUAUAUGAGAGCCAGCGGGUUCUGGAGGUAGAGAGAAAGCUUUUUACAAACGAAAGGCAUCUCCAUCUUUUCCAAAGUGAAAAUAUGAACCUGAGAGUUAAACUAGAUGAAUUGAAAAUGAAAUACGAACCUGAAGAACCAGUGAAAAUACCUGUACAUAAAAGAAAGCGUGAGAAGUUGCCCUUGGAUGUGCCUUUUUCUAAUGAUGUAGCUACUACUAGCAUUUUAGAAGAUCCUUCUAAUUUAACCUCUAACAGUGAAACCAACUCCUCUGCCAGUAAUCUAGGAGGAGAAAACCAAACCACAUCAGAGAAUUCUGGGAACACAGCUGCAACUUUCUCUCUCUCACAAACUCUACCUAAGGAUAAAAAACCUCUGAAGGAAAAUAAUAGUAUGAAAAUCAUUGACAUUUCUCCCAGCCCAGAAGUUUUACAGGAAAAAGGUGGCAAUGCUGUUAAUCCUUCCAGGUUAUUAGAUGCUGAAUCGAAGCUCCAUACAGAAGUUAAAGAGGGGAAAGAUACUGCAAGCAAACCUGAGAAAAAAACUUUUAAGAAAACAUACACUACCCUAUAUGUGUCUUCCAAACCAACUGAGACACAGUGUGCUCAACAAUAAAACUGUUUGCUUAGUAAUAAUAAAGUACACUUUGCAACCCUU